GUGCGGUAUGUUGUCUGGUUGCAAAACACUAAAAGCGCAGACUAAAACGGAGCUAUCACUCUGAAAAAGGUUGACAGUCCACAUAAAAGAACACUUUCCCAUAGUGCUGCUCAGGAUGUGAUGCACUAUGCCUACCUGGGACAGGCAAACAUGUCAGAGAAAAACUGUAUCUGCGUGUGCUGUUACUUCACUUGUUGUUUUGGUGGGACUGCUGAUGUUUGUUGUCAUAUAUCUGACACUAAGCUGGCAGGAUGUCAUUGAAGAGCGACUGAAAAAAACUGUAAUGCAGGAUCUGACAUAUGACCUGAAUGAUGACAUGUAUGACGAAUGCAGAUCCAAAGCUACAGUUGUGACUGAUAAAGCCAUGAUGCAGAAAUGGGACACCAGUACAAACUUUAGUCAACCUUGGAGCAACGCAGAGAAAAAAGCUAGAGAUCCUGCACACAAGUACAUGGAGAAACACUAUUCGGUGGCCUUAUACCUGUACACAAAUAUUAUGCUGCAACCUGUCAAGCAAGACAUUGAGACUGCAGAAAGAAGCAGAAAACAACUACAAAAGACAUUUGAGCCCCGCUCCCUUUAUUUUUUCCUUAGCGAAGCCAUUCAGAUUCUGAAGCACAGUCAAGUGACAUGUCUUCAGACAAAUUACAGAACAGUGACACUUUUACAUCUCAACAUCUCUAACAAACUGAUUCGGUUCAACACCUUCACAUUAGGUUCUGACGGGUCGAACUUUACAAGAAACGCUUCAUGUUUUGAAGUAUACACAUGUUUCGGUGCUGACAUAACACUUUAUUCAGCCCUGAAACUAAACAGACAGGUGCUGAUUCCUCCCUAUGAGGUUUUCAAAGUCACAGACACAGAGACAAAUGUGCAGAGGUGUAAAGUCGUCCACAGGCUGAAAAGCAACAUGAACUGCGUUUAUGAUAGAGAAAGCAAUGCGUUGCAUCCAAUAUCUGCAUUGCCAGUGGAUGGAUUUUGGCUCAUUUUUGCUAUCACUUGUAUGAUUAUUGUUUCUCUUUUAUUACCCUUUGUCAUUGUGAAGGUGUUAGAAAACCAUAAGAAAACUGCUGUUUACAGUGCCUCAUCUUUGCAUGACAGCACUUACUACCAGCCAAGAGUUGUCUUUUAAAAGCAAGCUUUCAUUUUAAAUAAAGAUGGUCCUGUGAGCUUCACAAUUGGCAGCAAUCCAAUGCGGCCUGAAGGAAGCUGUUUUAAAACGUCAUGCAUUGAAAACAAGGAAGAUGUGGUUAUAGCGUUGUUCCCCCCUAACAUAUUGCAUUCUUGCAUUGUAUACAUUUAGGAAACUUUCAUAAUUUUAAUUAUUAUUAUUAUAUAAUAUUUACAAAUGGUAUUCUUCCAUAUUCAGACUUACUUGUCAUGCUGUAAUAAAGUGCUCUGUUACUCCAUAACUUCUGGUUCAAGGGUUCAAGCCUUUGCAAUUCACCUAGCAGCAAUAUUGGGUGCAGUUUGAGGAAUGCAAUAAAUUAAAAAAUAUAUAAUUUUUACUGUUAUCAUAAUAGAACAUAAUGUGCCCUGGAAUGGAAAAACUAUCAGCAAAGUCAAAACAUAUCUGAGUAUAACACUAAAUAAUUUCAACAAGCAUUAUUUCCCUUUUAACACCAUUCAAUGGUGAGACUUUUGUGUUUGUAUGAAAACAUCUUGCAGCAUUUCGUCAAAUUUGGAGCCUUCAUAAAAUGCAGUAUUACAAGUAAGACCUUGCAACCACAAUGUUAUUCAGUUUUAUUCAUUUAUUUCACCUUUAUUUAUUCAGGCAAGUAAUUACGAAGAUGUUUUAAUUUGCAAUGGCGGCCUGACAAGUGGCAAAGCCACUUAGGGUAAAAUAAGCAUAUUACACCAUUGUAUUAAUAUCAAUUCUUAAAAAUGGUAUACAUGCAUAUGGAAUGGAAUUUCACCUUCAAAGAAAAGGUUUUGAAAACAACAUUGACAAUCUUUUUCUCAUUAAACAUAAAUUUCCUGCAUUCUGGUAUAUUUGUAUGCUCAAAUGUAUGGUGGAAAUGUCUUUAUGGAAAGAAAACACUAAAUUCCUGCAGCAGGUGACAAGUCAAAUAUAAAAAUAUAAUUAAAUAUAAUGCAGUAAGGCUCUCAGGCAUUCUGUAUUGCUUUCAAACAUGUAUCUAUUAUUGUAUUGUAUUCUCUAUCCCUGCUAAGUCAAAAUACAUACAUACUCUUUUGUCCUCUUUUGUGUCUUUUGUCUGGGGAAGUAACCUCUUUAAAUGUGCCUGUUCAAAUCAAUUAUACAUGAAUGCAUUUUAAUGAAUUACAUAAACCCCUAGACUUUAAAAGCUCAGAUGUGUUUCAGCAAAUUUUCUGAUCACUUUCAAAACUUUCUACACAUACAAAACAUAUUCCACACAUCUGUGUUUUCUG